AGUUGGGUACUACCGCCAAAAUAAGAAGAGAGCUUAUCCCAAAAUCAAAGAAGCGACCCCAGAAGUCUAAUCAUUCGUCACAGUUCGAUAUAUCCAUCAUCCAUGGAAACCCUCGCUGUUCUACCACUCGCUUGGCCCUCCUUUUUCCCUUCAAAACCAAUGAACAAGGAUGCGGGUUUUCCUUCUUGGCCAUGCAAACAAAGAAGCUCCUACUCUUCCACCCGCUUAAACUGCCAAAAAAUGUAUGUCCCUGGAUUUGGAGAGGCAUCACCAGAGGCCAAAGCAAGCAAAAACCUCCACAAUUUCUUCAACUACAUAGCAGUUAAGAUAGUCAGUGCACAGCUUCAGAGCUAUAAUCCUGAAGCUUAUAAGGAGCUGAUGGAAUUCCUGAAUACCCACUCGCUGAAUGAUGGGGACAAGUUCUGCGCCAGCCUGAUGAGGGAAUCCUCAAGGCAUAAAGGUCUAGCCCUGCGAAUCCUAGAGGUCCGAUCUGCAUAUUGCAAGCAUGAUUUCGAGUGGGACAACCUGAAGCGCUUAGCUUCCAAGAUGGUGGAUGAAUCCAACACGAAACUCAUGAGGGAAUAUGUUUUAGAAACCAGUCCUGCAACUGAAAAAGAAACCGGCAAGUGAUCGGAACUCUCUACUCCGGGCUCAUCCAGGCGUGGGUGGCAGUUCGGAUUUAGGAACCAUUCCAUGGAAUUUAUAUACAGAACCAGAUUUUUGUAUUUGGAAUAUCCGGUAUAAUAUAUUGAAAGAAUCAAAAUACGUAUAGAAGUAUUAGCUCAUCCAGGCAUUCCGUAGAAUCAUAUACAGAACCAGAUUAUUGUAUUUGGAAUAGCUGGUAUAAUAGAUAGAAAGAAUCAAAAUACAUAUAGAAGUAUUAUUUAAUU